AUGGAUAAACUGCAGUUGCAUGAUUUUAUUGGUAAGACUUUAUACAUCAAUAUCAACGAUACGAGAGUAAUCAGAGGAUCAUUAGUUGCAUUAGAUGCUCAAUUGAAUCUAUUAAUCAAUCAUGCUCAGGAACUUUGUAUCGGUGAUCGAAUAAAUGAAAAGGGUGAAAGUGUAGACAAUGCAAGACUUAUGGGUUUAGUCAGUGUUCCACAAGCAAGUAUUCUAUCGAUAAAAAUUGCUAAAAAUGAUAUGGAUAAUAUAAUAUCGUUUAAGAAGGAUCUUUUGAAAAGUGUAAUAUAA